GGGAGGGGUGGGUCUGGGAACGUUGCGGCGGCAGCCGCCGCGGCCCCAGCACCUAGGGCGAAUCCUGGACAGGGCUUGCGCCCGGGAGUGCUCCGCUGCCUCUUUGGGCGGCGGUCGCUUGGCCCUCAGAUGGUGGGUCCCGAGGAUGCUGGAGCUUGUUCGGGAAGAAACCCCAAGUUGCUCCCUGUGCCGGCGCCGGAGCCCGUGGGCCAGGACGGGAAGAUAAUCCGGGCCACGGGCGGCUUUGGCGGAGGCGUCGGCGCUGUGGAGCCACCGGAGGAGGAGGAGGAGGAGGAGGAAGCGGAGGAGGAGACGCCGCCUCGUCAGCUCCUUCAGCGUUACCUCGCGGCGGCCGGAGGGCAGCUAGAGCCAGGUCUCUUCUACUGUCCGCUCUCCGCUGGCCAGGCCCACGCCCUGCCGCCCUCGGCAGCCCCGCGGUCGGGCGCCUGCAAGCUGGGCUCAGCCUCCAAGCACCGCAGCGCGGAGGUGGCGGCGGAUGGCCGCGCGCUGCGGCACGGAGGCAUGACCAACGGGGACUCGGGUUUCCUGCUGGACCAGGACUGUCGCGACCUGGAGGAGGCUCGUGGGUUGCCCCGCGCCGGCGGCCGGGAGCCGCGCGGCCGCCGCCCCUGCGGCCGUCUCUGCCUGGAAAGGCCUGGUGACGGGGGCGCGGACUGCGCAGGCAGCCCCUCCGACUGGGCCGCGCCGCUGGAGGACCCGCUGCGGAGCUGCUGUCUGGCGGCCGCAGGCGCCGAAAGCCAAGAGGGCGCGGGCAGCGACUCAGGGGGUAGUUCCGCCAGCGGCGGCAGCAGCGAGGACUUGGAGCACCCGGUAGCCGGCGCCGGGGGUCCCGAGGAGGGCGCACUCCCCGCCGCCUCGGCCGAGAGGACUAGUGGGGGCGCGGGCGCGGAGUCACUGUUGGGCUUCUCCAACGUUCACUUGAACUCUCGGAACACGUUCGAGGUUAGCCGCAGCCAGAGCGUUGGCGACCACCUGCCCCCGCCGGCGCUGCCGCAGCCCCUUCCCGCUGCGGAGCAGGGGACCGUGGCGGCCUCGGCCCGGGCUCGACGGAGCGGUGGCUUCGCGGAGUUCUUCGCCAGAAACCUUUUUCCGAAAAGGACAAAGGAACUCAAAUCAGUUGCCCAUAGUGCUCCUGGUUGGAAAUUAUUUGGUAAAGUCCCUCCCAGAGAGAAUCUUCAGAGAACUUCCAAAAUCAUUCAGCAGGAAUAUGAAGCACGAACAGGGAGGACCUGUAAACCACCACUUCAGUCUUCAAGACGUAAGAAUUUUGAAUUUGAGCCACUUUCUACCACUGCCCUGAUUCUUGAGGAUCGACCAUCAAAUCUUCCUGCCAAAUCUGUGGAAGAAGCUUUACGUCACCGACAAGAAUAUGAUGAGAUGGUGGCUGAGGCUAAAAAACGAGAAAUUAAAGAAGCACAUAAAAGAAAAAAAAUAAUGAAAGAACGAUUUAAGCAGGAAGAAAAUAUUGCAAGUGCAAUGGUAAUUUGGAUCAAUGAAAUACUGCCCAAUUGGGAAGUAAUGCGUAGUACAAGAAGAGUUCGAGAAUUGUGGUGGCAGGGAUUGCCCCCUAGUGUUCGUGGGAAAGUUUGGAGUCUAGCUGUAGGAAAUGAACUAAAUAUCACUCCUGAACUUUAUGAAAUCUUCCUCUCAAGAGCAAAGGAACGUUGGAAAAGCUUCAGUGAAACAAGUUCAGAGAAUGAUACAGAAGGUGUAUCUGUUGCUGAUCGGGAGGCCAGUCUGGAAUUAAUUAAGUUGGACAUAUCCCGUACCUUUCCGUCUCUCUACAUCUUUCAGAAGGGUGGCCCAUAUCACGAUGUCUUACAUAGUAUCUUAGGGGCAUAUACAUGUUACAGACCUGAUGUUGGUUAUGUCCAAGGGAUGUCCUUCAUUGCAGCGGUACUCAUUCUCAAUUUGGAAGAGGCAGAUGCCUUCAUUGCAUUUGCAAAUCUCCUGAAUAAGCCAUGCCAGUUGGCCUUCUUCCGUGUGGAUCACAGCAUGAUGUUGAAAUAUUUUGCAACAUUUGAAGUAUUCUUUGAAGAAAAUCUCUCCAAACUGUUUCUUCAUUUCAAGUCUUACAGUCUUACACCAGACAUUUACUUGAUAGACUGGAUCUUCACAUUGUAUAGCAAAUCACUACCACUGGAUCUGGCCUGUCGAGUCUGGGAUGUAUUUUGCAGAGAUGGGGAGGAAUUUUUAUUUAGGACUGGAUUAGGAAUCCUUCGAUUAUAUGAAGAUAUUCUCCUACAGAUGGACUUUAUUCAUAUAGCACAGUUUCUAACUAAAUUACCAGAAGAUAUUACAUCAGAAAAACUAUUCAGCUGUAUUGCAGCUAUUCAGAUGCAGAAUAGCACCAAAAAAUGGACUCAGGUGUUUGCAUCUGUAAUGAAGGAUAUCAAAGAAGGAGACAAGAACAAUAGUCCUGCUCUGAAAAGCUAAUCUUCAAAAUUAACAGACUAAGUGAAAUAUUAAAAAGCUUUUUUUGAUAACAGUUUUGUUUCCUAUGUAAAAAAGCAUGUAGGAAGAUGUUGGAGAAAUCCAGAAGAAUCAAGAAAUGGAAAACUGCACAUUUUUAAUUUCAUGGCUGAAGUAAUGAAAUGCCUAUUGACAGUAUUAUUAAAAGGUAUUUUGUAGGAGGAGCAAUUUUACAAAGGAAAAAGUUUAAAUAGCUAGUUCAUAUUCCAUAAUUUGGAAUGAACAGUUUAAUGCAAUAAAUUUUUAAAAUAGUUUUGGAGAUA